GGAAUAAUAAAUUCAAAUUAUCAAAAAUGCGAAUCGUAGUUUUGAUGUUUCAAUGUAAAGAUGGCGGACGCGGAUUGUACCAACAUUGAAAUGAAAGAAUGUACGGCUUUAUUGAACGAACACUCGGAACACGAAAAAGAUGAAAUUGUUGAUGACGAUACUCGUAGUGAACAAGAAAGUGACGGCGAAAGCGAAAAGGAAAUUGAAAACGAAAUUGCAGCAUAUUCAAAACAGAUCUCUCAAAAUCCUUAUGUAUAUGAUAACCACAUUAAAAAAAUUAAAUUACUUCGAGAAUUAGGAGACUUGCACAGACUAAGAGAAGCAAGAGAAGAAAUGAGUCGCCACUUUCCACUUACUGAAGAACUUUGGUUAGAUUGGUUACGAGAUGAAAUUCCACUUGUCUCGGAUGAAACUGAGAGACAAAAAAUUGAACAGUUGUUUCAAAAAGCAUUUGAAGAUUAUCAAUCUGUACCAGUUUGGCUGGAAUAUGUUCAGUUUGCCAUCGGUCGGAUGAGCGAAAAAGAUGGGCUUGCUAUUGUCCGGGAAGCUUUUGAACGUGCAUUGACAACUGUUGGGCUUCAUGUCAGUCAAGGUUCAAAUAUAUGGGAAGCUUACAGAGAAUUUGAAAAUGCGUUAUUAGCUGGACUGGUUCCUUCAGCUGGAACUGUUGUGACUAAAGAAGAAGAGGAAAGUUUUGCUGUUCAAAAUCAGAGGGUUAUAAAUCUUUUCAAGAGGCAUUUGGCAGUGCCUCUCCUUCAUAUGAAAAGAACUAUGGAUGAGUACAAAGAAUGGUUAGGCCAAGAUACAGUGGAUCAAGAUACUCAAGACUCCUUUAAUAGAGCUCUUGAAGUAUUAGAAAAUGUUCAGUUUCUAGAAGACAAAUUGCUUACUACUGAAACACCUCAUUUGGAAGUAUACCAAGAGUAUAUUGAGCAUGAAAUGAAGACUAAUGAUCCAUCUAGAAUAAUCUGUAUCUUUGAGAGAGCAAUCAAAGAUAAUUGUCUAAACCCUAGCUUAUGGUUACAAUAUACAACAUAUUUGGACAAACUGAAAGUUAAACAGCAGAUUAGCUCAGCUUAUGAACGAGCUAUUCGCAAUUGUCCAUGGUCAUCACAAUUAUGGGUUAAUUAUAUUUUAGCUAUGGAACGACAAAACAAGGAAUUUGUUUUCAUGAAAGACUUAGCAGACAAGGCACUGCUUGUUGGAUUUACUAAUGCAGCAGAUUACUUAGCAGUUUGGUGUCAGUAUUGUGAUUACUUAAGAAGAAGGUUAGAUUUCCUGAAAGAUGAUACUGAACCUUUAGAAACAUUUAGACUUACAGUGGAAAGAGCUUCAGAUUUCUUGUUUGAGAAUUUUGGCAAGGAUGGAGAUCCUGAAGCAGUUUUACAACAACUCAUAGCUUUUGUUGAGAUUAAAUAUGGUAAGAACCAAGAAAAAGCCAGAGAAAUUUGGAAUCAAGUGAUGCAAGCAGGACAUGGCGCUACAGCAGCGAUAUGGUUGCAUUAUUACAGAUUUGAAAGGAUGUAUGGGGACAGUAAACAUUGUCGUAGAAUUCUACAAAAGGCAUUGAAUUCAGUCACUGAUUGGCCGGAGUCUAUUAUUCAAGCAUAUAUAAAUUUUGAAAGGGAGGAAGGUAAUCUGGAACAGUAUGAUUCAGCUGUUGCAAAAUGUAAUGCUCAAAUGGAAAGAAUAAAUGAAAGAAGAGCAAAGCAAGCUGAACGAGAACAAACCAUCCAGAAUAAAAAGAUAAAGAAAACUGAUGGAAAAGGUCAUAGCAUACAACCUAAGACUACUGAAAUCAAUGAAUGUGGGGAGUUCUCUCUCAAACACAAUAGCACAAAUAAGAAUAAAAGGAAGAUCAAAGAAUCCCCAGCAGACAGCUAUGCUAAGGAAGAACCACCAGAGAAGAAAAAAAAAGAUAAUGUACAAAGUGAAAGUCAAUUUCAUGGGGAAAGUGUUAAGCAUGAUCCUACGAAAGAUAAUGUAACAGCCUUUGUCUCAAAUUUGGAUUUUACUUUGGAAGAGGACCGCCUAAAAAAUGUUUUUGAGAAAUGUGGAGAAAUUGUGUCCAUAAGGCUGGUUAGAAAUUACAAAGGAAAAUCAAAAGGAUUUGGCUACAUUGAAUUCACUGAUAGUAAUGCUGUUCUUCAAGCUUUGAAACUUGAUAGAGAAUUUGUAGAUGGACGUCCAAUGUUUGUUUCCAGAUGUGAGGACAGAUCGGUAGUUAAGAACACACCUUUGUUCAAGUUUCCUACACAGCUGGAGAAAAAUAAACUGUUUAUUAAAGGACUCCCUUUUACAUUUUCUAAAGAAGCUUUAGAAGAGCUGUUUAUAAAGCAUGGCACAAUCAAAGAAGUGAGGAUGGUCACAUAUCGAAAUGGAAGUCCCAAGGGUAUAGCAUACAUUGAAUAUGAUAAUGAGCAAAGUGCAGCACAAGCAGUGUUACAUGAAGAUGGACUAGUAAUUGGAAAUCAUACCAUUUCUGUUGCCAUUAGUAAUCCUCCUGAACGCAAAACUCCGUUUUCCUCGCGAUUGCCAGCCCCACAAACUGGUCAAAUGAAUUUAGGCAGUGGAAAAAGAGAAACAACUUUCAGAGGAAAAGCUCGCACUCAAAUUUCUUUGGUUCCUAGAGCCUUACGUAAACCAGAACAAAAGAUAUCUGCUAGUGAAACUGUUCACUCUGAUACAGUAACUGAGACUUCAGCAGCUAAAGAUGCUGGUAAAGGGCCAAUGACAAAUGACGAGUUUAGAAAUUUACUGCUGAAGAAAUAAAUUGUUACUUUUAAUUAUUUAUAA